AUGAUUGUCCUUAUUAUUCCUCUGCACGUCGUCGCCCCACCAAUGCCAGCCCGCCGGCUCCCACCAGCUCGCACCAGCCCACCUGGGGCUGCUGGGCAAGCCGUGCCAGCCCAGCCCGUGGAAACGCUGCCUGGGGGCCCCUGUUUCCAUCUGCCAUCUGCCAUCUCGCAUCUCGCCCUCCUCCUCCUCCUCCUUCUCCUCCUCCUGCUGCUACCACCGUCGCCGCCGCCGCUACUGCUUGUGCUGCUACUGCUACUGCUACUGCUUCUCCUCCUCCUCCUCGACCUCCACCUCGCCUGCAUCUACUCCUUCGUCGUCCGGUGUGUCCUCGCCUUCACCCUCGCCCUCGCCCUCCACCAAACCAAACCCACGAGGGCAUACAAGCUCUGGAUGCGCCGUCUCUCCGUUCCCGUCUCCGUCCUCGUCCUGUCCCCGUUCCCGGACUCACCGCCACACUCUCUCAAAUCCCAUAACCACUCCGAUUCGACCAAGCUUACAGCGCCACAAGAAGCAGGCAACCACAGUUCCACACCGACUCCGUCGUCCACUCCGACUCCGACCACUGCCACAACCGUAGUCCCACCCACUCCUACCUCUGCCGUCACUGUCACUGCGAGGAAGCCGCCCGACCACGUCACUCGACAAGACACAGCAGCGUCCGCACCCACGCCCAAGGAUGCCCACGACGCCACUGCAAAGGCAUCUGCCACCAGCAUAGCCCAGCCUACCCACUCCCCUGCCAGCAAUCCGGGUGUCGAUCCGCUGUCACAACAUAUUUUCCAGCGCACCAACACCGAGUCUACCCUCUCCAGGCAACCUCGAAACUGGAGCGUGGCUCCUACAAAGCCAGAUGAUAGUCCAGAGCCACUCGAAGCUGUUCCACGCCAAAGCUCAGACCUGAACGGCAAACAGACGACGCCAUUUGGUGAUGUUGCGAAGGACAAGAAGAAAGGCCCAUCAUUUCUCAGUCGGCUCGGAAUGCGUACCACAAGGAAGGCAAGGGCCGAUGUCGACUCCAUACACGACAGCGAAUCCGAGUACAACGGUGAGUCUCGGAUGGAUGGCUCAGAUGCCCGGGUAUUUUCCGACAUUGUCGAGGCGGGAGGCUUUAUUCCACGCCACAAGGAGCCGCCGAGGUAUAUCCGCACCAAGGCAAACAACAAGAAACACCAAGAGCGGGAGUUCAACCGCAUGUUCCUUGCCCAGGAGCUCGUAGGGACCCAUCCGAAGUUGACCGGUAACGAUGGCGCACAGGCAGGUUCUAAAGUCCCCAUCGUCACCGUGUCUGUGGCUGGUGCCGGUGGCAGGAGGAGGGAGCGGACGGGCGGUGCGAUCUGGGCUACCGAGUUUUCCAAGGACGGGAAAUACCUGGCUGCUGCCGGUAAGGACACGGUUGUCAGGAUAUGGGCUGUCAUUUCUACUCAAGAAGAGCGACGGGCACAAGAGGAGGAAGAGGCUGCUGUAUGUCCUGUGGGCGAACGAUUGUCGACGCCGGUGUUUGUCGAACGCCCGUUCCGCGAGCUCUCAGGCCACACGAACGAGAUUCUCGACCUGAGCUGGAGCAAGAACAACUUCCUCCUCUCAACCAGCAUGGACAAGUCGGUCAGGCUCUGGCAUACCAGCCGUGAUGAGUGCCUCUGCACGUUCAAGCACAAGGACGUGGUGACCAAAGUAGCCUUCCAUCCCACAGAUGACCGGUUCUUCCUCGCAGGGAGUCUUGACAUGACGCUGCGGCUGUGGAGCAUACCUGACAAGAACAUCGCCUACAGCGUGCGCCUGCCAGACCUCAUUACCGCCGUGGCAUUCACUCCGGACGGGAAGUUGGCCAUCGCAGGCCUCCUCAACGGACUGUGUAUGGUCUACGAGACGGAGGGUCUCAAGUUCCAUACCCAGAUACAUGCCAAGAGCUCGCGGGGCAAAAACUCGAAAGGGAGCAAAAUCACCGGGAUACAGACCAUGACGAUGCCCCUUACCUCAGGCGGAUCGGGUGGUACGGAGCCAGGUGGAGUCAAAAUAAUGAUCUCGACAAAUGAUUCCAGGAUUCGAGUCUACAACUUGAAAGAUGGCAGCCUGGAUGUCAAGUUCAAGGGCCACGAGAACGCCUGCACACAGAUCAGUGCCAGCUUCAGCGACGACGCACAGUAUGUCAUUAGUGGGAGCGAGAACAGAAAGACAUUCAUCUGGAAGGUGGGCGCGGCAGCCGUCGGUGACUCCAACAAGCAGCCUAGCGAAAGCUUCGAUGCCCACGGGGAUAUAGUGACUACGGCGCUCUUUGCCCCGGUCAAGACCAGGCAACUCUUGAGUGAGUCCGGAGACCCGAUCUACGACCUCUGCAACCCUCCGCCGGUCACACUCAUGCCCUCGGACGAGGUCGCUGCGACGUCGUCUCAGGCUGCACCCUCCGAGGCCGACAGCCAGGAAAAGUCGCAAGAUCUAGAUAACCCGCCAUUGACGCCAGGCCUGGUCAAGAAGAUCGAGUACUCGCCAGCCUACCUCGCACGGAAAUCCCACAACAGUGGCAACAUCAUUGUGACAACGGACGACCAAGGCAUCAUCAAGGUCUUUCGACAGGACUGUGCCUUCUCGAAACGACGUCAUGAGAGCUGGGAGACCGGCAGCAAUUUCUCAAGAAAGCCUGGUGGUUCCCUGGGACCCGGCCUGGUGCGUUCCUCCAGUAUCAGGACUAGAACCAGCGCCAGUAGCACUGCGCACUCACGACGUGGUAGUCUGAGUACUGGCGGAGCCCUUCCGCCUGGUAUCACUUGGGGUGCACCUGGGACGCCGAAGGUGUCGUCGGACAUGAUUCUAAGUUGGCGCCAGGAUAUCGAAGGUGGCGGACGGCCUCAUUCGAUUGCCGGGAGCAUAGGUACGCCUGUGCGAAGCGAAAGAAGCAUGUCUCCGGGGAAGAGCACGCGGCCAGCGGCAAGCGGCAGCCGGGCAAAUUUAGCCGCGGACGCCAGGAAGCAGCAGUAUGUGAUGGCUUCUCCGCGGAUCCCUGCAUCUGCCAGUGAGGCUCCCGAUAGUCCCACGAACAGUGUGGCGAGCGGUCGGCUGCGGCCGAAAACGGCCAGUGCUGCCGAGGCGAAGAAGCCCACCGGCUCUUCACCCUUGCAUCUUGCGAGCAAAGGGGAUGACGGGCCGGACAACAACCACAGCAGGGAGGAUCUCUCACAGGAAAAACGCCGGCCGUCAACGGCCAAGGAGCGCAAGAGCCCGAAGAAGCCCGAAGAAGCCCCCACGCCUCCGCCUGUGCCCUCAUUUAGCUUUAGGUCCGCUGAAGAUGGGCCAGAAGAGCUACGGCUCGAUCCAGCUGGAGCAAGCUACGGAUUCUGGAACCUAAACCGCUGGAAAGGGCUGGCUGGCCUCAGGGGGUCCAGCGGGGAGGCUAAGUCCAACGCAGGGAAUAAGGGCCACCAAAGGACUGCCAGUGACGCUGUAAUGUCUGCGGCCGAGAAUCGCGAGGCGCCGUCCGAUGGCCCUCGUAGGAAGAGUCUGGCAGCGUCUAGGUCCUCAACGAUGCCUCUCUCGCCAAGCGCCGAUGCGGUACCGGUACCUCCAGUCCCUGGGUUCGAGAGGCGGCCGGCCGGCGGGCAGCGUGGCGCUUCGAAUCUCAGCACCAUGACGGCCCACGAGGAGAACCGCCUUGCUCCGACUGGUUCAGUCAUCAGCAAGCUCAGUUCGGAGCUGACGAGUGACAGUGAGGCGGGCCGUCGGAGCAGCGAUGAUGGGAAUGAUGCCCCAUGUCGAAAGUGCGGGGCGAAGAAGUUCAGGCCCAAGAAGAUCCAGGGCCGUCAACGCCUUGUCUGUGGGCGCUGUGGGAGCGUGGUGUAUGACGAGAGCAAUUGA